AUGAAGACCCCAUUUGGAAAAUCACCAGGUCAGCGAUCCAGAGCUGAUGCAGGUCAUGCAGGAGUCUCUGCGAGCAUGAUGAAGAAAAGAACUUCACACAAAAAGCAUAGAAACAAUGUUGGACCAAGCAAACCUAUUUCUCAGCCACGAAGAAAUAUUGUAGGCUGCAGAAUACAGCAUGGCUGGAAAGAAGGGAGUGGACCUGUAACACAAUGGAAGGGCACAGUUCUUGAUCAAGUUCCCGUAAAUCCCUCUCUAUAUCUUAUAAAGUAUGAUGGAUUUGAUUGUGUGUAUGGACUAGAACUGCACAAAGAUGAAAGAGUUUCAGCACUUGAAGUCCUUCCAGACAGAGUUGCUUCAUCUCGAAUUAGUGAUGCCCACCUGGCAGACACAAUGAUUGGCAAAGCUGUGGAACAUAUGUUUGAAACAGAGGAUGGCUCAAAAGAUGAAUGGAGGGGGAUGGUCUUGGCUCGAGCUCCUAUUAUGAACACAUGGUUUUAUAUUACCUAUGAGAAAGAUCCUGUCUUGUACAUGUACCAACUCUUAGAUGACUAUAAAGAAGGUGACCUUCGCAUUAUGCCCGAUUCCAAUGAUUCACCUCCCACAGAACGGGAACCAGGUGAAGUUGUGGACAGCCUGGUAGGCAAACAAGUGGAAUAUGCCAAAGAAGAUGGCUCAAAACGGACUGGCAUGGUCAUUCAUCAAGUUGAAGCCAAACCAUCUGUCUAUUUCAUUAAGUUUGAUGAUGAUUUCCAUAUUUAUGUCUACGAUUUGGUGAAGACAUCCUAG